AUGGAGGAAAUGGAGUUGGUUUUGAAGCUAGGUCUGCUUUGCUCGCACUAUAAUCCGGUGUUUAGGCCUAGCAUGGGGCAAGUGAUACAGUAUUUGGAUGGGAAAGUUAUCUUGCCCGAAGUAAUUAUGGAUAUUUCAGGAGUUGGCAUGGCUGCAUUGUUUGGGAAUGAAGAUUCAAAUGAAUUUGUAAUGACAUUCCCUUCAUCAUCCUCGGGGAGUGUUUUUGUUAAUGCGAUGUCUGGUAUUGAGUCACUUCUUGGCAUGGGGUGUUAA